AUGAAAAACAGUCCGUUGGUAACAGACAGUUAUGAGACCAGUAAUUUAGAAGCCUAUUCUGAGAUGGACAGCAAGGAGACUAUUGAUAGCCCCAUAGAACACAAUGAGAGUGUCAGAGAUGAAGAUCCAGAUGUAGCUGCUGGUGACACAUCGUUUGCAAAUGCUCCGUGGCAAUACAAGCUUAUUGCUCUCUCGACAGCGCUUCUAUUGCCUGUGGGCUCUCAUUUUUCGGGAAGUGCGUUGAGCGCAAUGAAGACAUCAAUUAAAACUCAUCUAAGCAUCGACAAUACACGUUAUGGUGUUCUUUCGUCAGCCGUUUCAAUCAUUAACACUGUGUUUCCAAUUGUCGGUGGUAUGUUCAUCGACAUCUUUGGCUCUGUGUGGGGUACAUUAGCCGUGAAUUUGCUGGUCAUUCUCGGAAGUUUGUUGACCGCGAUUGCUGCAAAAUACACCUCAUUCCCACUGAUGGUUGUCGGACGCGUUAUAUUUGGAAUCGGCAGUGGCCUGAUCGUGACUAUGCAAGAAUCUCUACUCUCCAAAUGGUUUCGAACCCAAAACCUUGCACUUGCUAUCGGUCUUCAGCUCUCUAUUAGUCGGUUGGCUACCUUUCUGGGAACCCUGGUGGCAAACCCUAUAGUUGACGCUACUGGAAACUGGGUUUGGGCGUUUUGGCUUUCAUUCAUAAUCUGCUGCUUUUCUAUAAUGAUGAACUUGGUUUAUGCCCUGAUCGUUAGACACUUAAAUGGCCAGGUUAUCAGCAAGACGGACGUAAAAAAGCUUAAAGCCAAGAAGACCUUCAAAUGGCGCUCAGUCCUCAAAUUCCCAGUAUACUAUUGGCACAUUGUCCUCAUCGAGUUUAUAUUUUCUGCAGUCUGGUCAUCUUUCCAGACAAUCAGUACCGAGUUUGUUUCCAAGCAUUUUGGGACUACAGAUAUUUUGGCCGGUUACAAUGCCAGUGCAUCUCAGGUGGUUCCUAUUGUUGCUACACCACUUCUGGGUAUCAUUAUGGACUUGUUUGGAUGCCGUAUUGCUAUUUUGCUGGUAUCUGCCAUCUUUUUGAUCUUGAGUUGCGCCAUCCUGGGAUGGACCUACGUGAACGCCGCAGUUGGUAUGGUCUUUUAUAGUGUGUCGUUGGCAUUUGGUCCUAUCUCUAUGAUCACCUCUAUUGGUAUGAUUUUGCCUUCCGAUUAUAUUGGAACUGGUCUUGGCAUCUAUAAGAGUUCCAACAAUAUUGGUACCACAAUCCUUGACAUUAUUGUUGGUGUCGUCCAAGACAAUACUGCCAACCAGGCAUACACAAGUGUCAUGAUUGUUUUCCUUGUUCUCUCUGGUGUUGGGUUCUGUCUCAUUUCUCUUUUGUGGGUCACUCAAAGAAUCUAUCUCAAUAACCUAUUGGAGAUCAGUGGAAAAAAGCGUACCAUAAUGAUGAAAGAAACAAACGACAAGGAAAUUGCAUUCAUCAAACAGGGAAUGGAUUCAUACACCGACACACCUAUCGUGAAGAUGAACUAUGUGUACUGUGGAAUAUUUAUCAUUUGUUUCUUGGUUGCAUGGGUACUCUUUUUUGUAUUUGCCGCUGGUGGACGUGUCUCUGCUUAAUAAUAGAUCCGAAAACACAAUGACAUCCUAUAAAUUAUAAUCAUAUGUAUAUAUGUAUGCAUGCAUGCGUGUAUGUUUGUGUGUAUAAAAUACCAAUAAAUUAUUAUCAACCAAAUAAGAUAUCAGGGAAACAAUAAUGCUAGCUUUCUAAAGAUAUAUUAUUAAACAACGACAACAACAACAAAUUG